UAGGAACAAUUAGGAAAAGAAAAGCCCAUCCUCUGACAUCCACCACCUCCUCCAUGAGCCAUCACACUCCCCUGCUGCUGGAAAUACCUCGCCGUGAUUCUCCCCCCCUCUUCAACCUGACGACGGAGCUUAACUUUGACCAGGAAAAAAUAACGGAUUUAACCCAAAGGCAAUUCUCCGGUUAUGUCCCGUGUCACGGAGCCGCUGCCAAAAACUCGCCAAGAGAGAAUCAAAGAAAUCAACAUGAGGAAUAAAGACAAGGAGAAAAUGAAGGAGCGAGAGAAGGAGGCGAGGGAAAGGGAGGGGCGCUACAGUAAUGGUCACCUCUUCACCUCCCUUACCGUAUCCGCCACCACCCUCUGCUCCUCCUGCAACAGGAGCAUCACAGCAAAGGAGGCGCUCAGCUGCCCUACCUGCAACGUCACCAUCCACAACCGCUGCCGAGAUUCUCUGGCUAGCUGUGCCAAGAUGAAACAGAGGCAGCAGAAGUUGGCCAUGGUCAGGAACAGCUCUGCUCUACAGAAUGUGGCGCUAAGGACCAAAACUCCUCUGUUGAAGGAGCGUCCCAGCUCGGCCAUCUAUCCGUCCGACAGCCUGCGUCAGUCUUUUCUUGGGGGGAGACGGGUUCGCUCCGGCCUCUCGCUCGCCAAGAGUGUCUCUACCAAUAACAUAGCGGGAGCCGAUGACUCUCCUGUUGGGUUGAGGAGGAUUUUGUCUCAGUCCAGUGACUCGCUCAACUUCAGAGCCAGAGCAAUGUCCAUGGAGUCCCUUACUGAUGAAGGGGAGCUGUACUACUCGUCACUGUUGGAGGAACUGGCCAGCGAGGGGAAGUGUGUGGAGGCAGACAGCUGGAGUAUGGCGGUGGAGCCCAGCUACUUACAGAGUCACCGCAAAGAGACCAUGAAACGCCAGGACGUCAUCUAUGAGCUCAUCCAGACUGAGUUCCAUCAUGUGCGGACCUUGCGGAUCAUGGAGGGAGUGUUUCGUCGUGGGAUGCUGGAAGAGGUGAUGCUAGAGCCAGGUGUGGUUCACGCUGUCUUCCCCUGCCUGGAUCAACUGCAGGGGCUACACAGCCGCUUCCUGUCCCUGCUGUUGGCCAGGAGGAACCAGGGUCUGGCCCCUGGGAGCCAAACCAACUUCAGCAUCAACCAGCUGGGAGACCUGCUUCUCCAACAGUUUUCAGGGCAGUGUGCAGAGGAUAUGAGGAAAGCCUACUCUGAAUUCUGCAGUCGUCAUCCCAAAGCUGUCAAACUUUACAAAGAGCUGUUGGCCAAAGACAAGAGAUUUCAGCUCUUCAUCAGGAGGGUGAGCCGUGGUCCUUUGCUGCGUCGUCAUGGUAUCCAGGAGUGCAUUUUGCUGGUGACCCAGCGGAUCACCAAGUACCCGGUUCUGAUCCAGCGGAUUCUGGACAACACUAAGAGCAAUGAAGGGGAGGAGCACGAUUUAAGUUCGGCGCUGGUUCUCCUGAAGGAGCUGAUCAGUUCUGUGGACCAGGAGGUCUUGGAGCUGGAGCGAACGCAAAGACUGCAGGAGAUCCGAGCCAGAAUGGACCCGCGGGCCCAGGCAGAGGUCCGGGGAGGAGGCGUGUUCAAAGGAGGAGAGCUGCUCCGCAGGAGGCUCCUGCAUGAGGGGAACUUCCUCUGUAAAACUCAGAGCUCCCGGAUGAAAGAUGUUCAGGUCCUGCUGAUGUCAGACAUCUUGGUUUUCCUCCAGGAAAAAGACCAGAAAUUCAUCUUCCCCUCGCUGGAAAAGCCCGCUGUGGUGUCCCUGAGUAACCUGAUCGUGAGGGAAGUAGCCAAUCAGGAACGAGGGAUGUUUCUCAUCAGUGACUCCAGCCCUCCAGAGAUGUUCGAACUCUAUGCCGCCUCCAAGGAAGACAGGAAGAACUGGAUGACACGCAUCCAGCAAACUGUUCUCAGUUGCCCAUCCAGAGAAGACUUCCCCCUCAUAGAAACAGAGGACAAGGCCUUAAUACGCAGACUGAGAGCUGAAAUCCAGCAGAAGGACAGGGAGGUGUUGGAGCUCCUCCAGGAGCGAGUGACUCUGUUCUCUGAUCUGGCUGAGGUAAUGCGGGCUGGGAGAGGAGAAGGAGGUCAGAACCAAAGAAACGCCUCAAACUCCAGGAACCUCUUCAGAGCCGACACUAACCACGCUCCUCAGGCGGAGCGCUUCCUCACUGAGGCCAUUUCUGAAGUUGACAGACUAACUGAGAUGCUGUUGGGUUCAAACUUUGAGUUCCCUCAGUCCAGAGUGACCAACAGCAACCAAGACCACAGGACGGCGCCAGUCAGCAAUGGGGAGUCUGUUGCUGUCAACGGUUCUUAUGAAGUCAAUACUGACUCGACAGCCAAGGACAGAAACGGUAACCAGCUACAGGACCGAGUGCUGAACGAGGAACUUUUUCAGAGGCUAAUCAGUCUUAGCACCCAGCUCCAUGCUCUGCAGGCUGCUGUGAUUUGUCAGGACUCCAUCAUGGAGCUUGGCCUUCGAGAACGCCUGAACGCUAAUUCCACCCCCUCCACCCCCAACUCUUUGCCAUCAACGCCACUGAGCUCUGCCCCUCCCCGUCUCUCUCGGUCUAUGUCCAGAGACACAGGGUUGGAUAGUGGAGGGGGAGUUGGGAACUCACCAGGAGACGCGGUGCUGCUGCAAAGACAGAUCAGCCUCCUGCAGGAGGAGGUGAUGAGGCUGAGGGCUCGUACUCAACUGGAACAAAAAAACAGAGACCUUGGAGAGCGCCCCACUGUGGACCAGACUGGCCGGAGAAGGGGCAGCAGCGAACUUGAAUCCCGCCCUCUUGCCCCAUUGGCAAGUCAAGAAGCGCUGGAACAAUUAGAUGGUGUCCAGGAAGGAAGUGAAGAAGAGGAAGAGCCAGAUGUGGUCACAAUCUCACCUCGUUCUGAAAGCCCAAGAGACCUGCAGGACAUUCCAGAGGAAAGCGAGUGUGGAGCAGAGGGACGGGAAACCUAGGCGGAGGCCGUGUCUUCUUAAAGCAACACAUCACUUCAUUCAAUACAACAUUUUACCUUUAAACACAGACACUUAUGCAGAAGCACAGAGAAGCCUUCGGAUAAUGUCAAUUUGCCUUUGUUUCAUGUUGUAUAUGUCGUACUCAUAUUGAGUUGAAAACUCAAGCUUCUACAAAAGGAAACUGGCUUUAAGACUGUAAGAUCAACCAUACAACGUGAAUCCACCAAACCUGAAGAACUUCUCGCCUUCAACCACCAGUGGACCUGCUGGUUUAGAGACUCUUACUGCCUUGGAUGAGGAACCACAUAUGCCAAUUUUCAAUGCUAUUUUAAAUUAUAUGGUAGCCCUUAAUGUUCCUCACAGUUUUAUGUAUGUUCUUUAUGUAUGUCCCUGUCAAGUUUCAAAUGAAAUUACACUGUCCAGCUGAGCUGAAGAAAAGAGGAGAGUGCUAAAAAGAAAUGCAAUCAUCAUAAAAAAAUAUAGGAAGUAGAUGUUCAGCUUGGCCAGUAGGACCGUGCUGACAGUUGACUGAAAAGGAAGCAUGAUGUAAUCUUGUACUGUGACGAUGGGCGGACUGACAGACGAAAGAGAGAUUAGUAGUGCAAUGAUAAUUUCCUUGAGUCAGUUGUGGCUAGUGUUAGCUGUAUUUGAAUAGUAGUAGCAGUCGUUGCCUAGUAUUAGCAGCCGUUACUGGCCGUAGCAGUAGUUGAAUAGUAGUAGCAGUAGUCAACCAGUCCUGCCUGUGUUAAAGAGGGCUCAGUGAUCUGUUCAACCCCACGUUGACCCGGAUUCCUCUCCUAAGCAUAGGCCCAGAGUGUCGCUUUGCAUCCAAGGCUAGCAUGGAGAUCAGUGUAAAAAUCUCCCAGCAAGGCUGUUGUGCAUCAGGACCAACCAAAACCAAAGUUGUUGAAUCAUGAAGGUUUGAACAGGGCUGUAUCUCUUGUUAGCCUGUGCACUUUGGCUGCGACAGACCUCUAAAUACAUUAAGAAACACAGUAAAUGUUUUAAUUGUCUUACAUUUCAUGUCUGAUGUUGUUUACUGUAUGAUAUGAUCCACGUAAACUCAGUAACACUCCAGCCAAACCUUCAGUUUAAGGAAACUUAAACCAUAAAGUGACUUUUCUCAGUAAAGACGGGCUGAAAUUGAGCAGGAUUCAAAACAACAGCAGGCUUUAAAACCAUGUUUUUCCUCAUCCUCUCCUCUUAGAUAUUCCAGGAUGAAGUAUUGUCUGUAUAAAUAAUUGAUCAGUUCUGAGAAGAGAAAUUUUGUAAAUUUUUUAUAUUGUAAUUUUAUUGUUCUUUUAUCCUUUCCACUUUACUGACUGUACUGUGUGCUCUUUAUGAAUAUAAAGAACAGGAUUG